AUGGCCCGCGAAGGAACUCGCUCCCAGACCGGCAACUCCAAGCCGCGUGUCUUCCCCGUCGUCGACACCGCCCCUGCUCGUAAGCAGACCACUGCCACCCCUGCCACCGCAAAGAAGCCCAAGACCACCACCUCCACCGCCUCCAAGGUCGCGAAGCCUGUCGGCGUCACCAAGAAGAAGGCCACCACCGCCAAGAAGGGCCCUUCCGUUGUUACUAAGCGCCUCUCCAUCUUGUCCUCUGUCGGCCUUGAAGCUAACCAUUUCCCGCAGGCAAAGUCAGUAGCGAAGAAGGCAGAAACCAAGGCAGCCGGCGCCACCAAGGCCGCCAAGAAGGUGUGUAGCGCUGCCUCCCAAACUCACGCGCCCCUUAGCAUUUCGCCAGCUAACCCACGCGCAGGAGACCAAGCCCAAGACCUCCAAGGCCAAGGCGACGCCUGCCGCGGCCUAAGCGUCCCGGUCGUCUUUUCCCGUCUUUUCUCUCCGGGUCGUCUUCCCGCUCGACUCGUCGUCGUUUGA